AUGGUUCCGUUCCUUGUCGUCCGACUGUGUUGGCGUUGCCUACUGAUGAGUGAUGAGGCUUCCUCCGUUGCCAGUACGAUUUCAAAUCCUGCGUAUGCUCCGUGGAUGCAACAAGACCAAGCUAUCUUGUCUAUGCUAAUCUCUUCACUCUCAGAAGAGGUAAUGCCAUUGGUGAUUGCUUUGGCUUCCUCUUCUCGUGCUAGAGUCGUCCAUCUCCUUGGCCAGCUUCAGACGUUGCGGCAGGGGGAUGCCUCCGUGGCAGAUUAUUUAGGUAGGGUAAAGGUGCUUCUUGAGGAUCUCGUGUUCGCCUGUUGUCCGGUCUCCGUCGACGAGCAGAACAUCUACACGUUUCGUGGUCUUCGCCCUAAAUUCCGGCCGUUCACUGCCUCUCUUUCCACUCGUGCCACGCCGGUGUCUUUGGAGGAGCUCUCUGAUCUGCUAGGUGCACAGGAGUUUGUGCACGCUGAAGAGUUUUCGCCGGCGACUGGGGGUGCUGCGCCGGUGGUGCAUGUUGCUUGCAGAGGUGGUGCGUAUUCUGGCAGCCGCCUGGUUCUAGAUUUAUUUCGUAGCAGUGGCGUGGCGGUGGAUUUAAUUUGCAGCAGCACUUCUGUAAUCAUGGACAUGGCUCAUAUGGUGUAUCAAGAUGCACCUAAUUCUGGUGUGCCGCUGACAUCUCAGACUUGGUUCCUUGACACAGGGGCCACCGAUCAUGCCACUCCAGACGGUCGUGUUCUUAUUGCGUCUGAUGAUUACACCGGUAGUGACACCUUGCGUGUUGGUAAUGGUAAGGCCUUGCCUAUUUCUAGUGUUGGCUAUACAUCGUUUUCUAUCCCCUCCAAGUCGUUUAGUAUGUCUCGUGUUCUUCAUGUUCAUGGGUUAUCUGCUUCUUUACUAUCAGUUUAG